GCAGAAGCCGCACUUGUUAGUGUGGGGGGAGGAGGGGGCCGGGGGACGCCGACACCGUCACCCAGGGACGCCGAGUCGUGGGCGGGAGGGGGGGUGGGGGCGAGAUCAGGCUCCGACCCCCGGCCGAGGGGAUGAGGGGAGCAUGGGCGCCAAGGAGUCACGGAUCGGAUUCCUCAGCUACGAGGAGGCGCUGAGGAGAGUUACGGAUGUAGAGCUGAAACGACUGAAAGAUGCCUUUAAGAGGACCUGUGGGCUCUCAUACUAUAUGGGCCAGCACUGCUUCAUCAGGGAAGUGCUUGGGGAUGGAGUGCCUCCCAAAGUUGCUGAGGUGAUUUACUGUUCUUUUGGUGGAACAUCCAAAGGACUGCACUUCAAUAACUUAAUAGUUGGACUUGUCCUUCUUACAAGAGGCAGAGAUGAAGAGAAAGCAAAAUACAUUUUUAGUCUUUUUGCAAGUGAAUCUGGGAGUUAUGUUGUACGGGAAGAAAUGGAAAGAAUGCUCCAUGUGGUGGAUGGUAAAGUCCCAGAUACACUCAGGAAGUGUUUCUCAGAGGGUGAAAAGGUAAACUAUGAAAAGUUUAGAAAUUGGCUUCUUCUAAACAAAGAUGCUUUUACCUUCUCUCGUUGGCUACUAUCUGGAGGUGUUUAUGUGACCCUCACUGAUGACAGUGAUACUCCCACUUUCUACCAAACUCUAGCUGGAGUCACACAUUUGGAGGAAUCAGACAUCAUUGAUCUGGAGAAACGCUACUGGUUGCUAAAGGCUCAAUCCCGGACUGGACGGUUUGACCUAGAGACAUUUGGCCCAUUGGUUUCACCACCCAUUCGUCCAUCUCUAAGUGAAGGUUUGUUCAAUGCUUUUGAUGAAAAUCGUGACAAUCACAUAGAUUUUAAGGAGAUAUCUUGUGGGUUAUCAGCCUGUUGCAGGGGACCCCUGGCUGAAAGACAAAAAUUUUGCUUCAAGGUGUUCGAUGUUGACCGUGAUGGAGUUCUCUCCAGGGUUGAACUGAGAGACAUGGUGGUUGCACUUUUAGAGGUGUGGAAGGACAACCGCACAGAUGAUAUCCCGGAGUUACAUACGGAUCUCUCUGACAUUGUAGAAGGCAUAUUAAAUGCACAUGACACCACAAAGUUCAGAGGAUGGUUAGAACGAGAGAGCAGGUAUGGUCUGCAACCAGGACACAAUUGGUUUAUCAUCUCCAUGCAGUGGUGGCAGCAGUGGAAAGAAUAUGUCAAAUAUGAUGCCAGCCCUGUUGUAAUUGAGCCAUCAUCUGUUCUGAAUGGAGGAAAAUACUCAUUUGGAACAGCGGUACAUUGUAUAGAGCAGAGUGAAGAUAGAAUCGGAGGAGGCAGCCUCACUUACGUGAACACCACAGAAGAGAAAUUUUCAGACAACAUUUCUUCUGCAUCUGAAGCCUCAGAAACUGCUGGCAGUGGCUUUCUGUAUUCUGCCACACCAGGAGCAGAUAUGUGCUUUGCCCGACAACAUAACACGUCUGACAAUAAUAACCAGUGCUUGCUAGGAGCCAAUGGGAAUAUUUUGUUGCAUCUCAAUCCUCAGAAACCAGGGGCUAUUGAUAACCAGCCACUAGUAACUCAAGAACCUGUAAAGGCUACAUCACUAACACUAGAAGGAGGACGAUUAAAACGAACCCCACAGCUGAUCCAUGGAAGAGAUUAUGAAAUGGUCCCAGAACCUGUGUGGAGAGCACUUUAUCACUGGUAUGGAGCAAACCUGGCUCUACCUAGACCUGUGAUCAAGAAUAGCAAGACAGAAAUCCCAGAGCUGGAGUUAUUUCCUCGAUAUCUUCUCUUUCUAAGACAGCAGCCUGCCACUCGGACACAGCAGUCUAACAUCUGGGUGAAUAUGGGAAAUGUACCUUCUCCGAAUGCGCCAUUAAAGCGGGUCUUAGCCUAUACAGGCUGUUUUAGUCGAAUGCAGACCAUCAAGGAAAUUCAUGAAUAUCUGUCUCAAAGGCUACGCAUCAAAGAGGAAGAUAUGCGCCUGUGGCUCUACAACAGUGAGAAUUACCUUACUCUUCUGGAUGAUGAGGAUCAUAGAUUGGAAUAUUUGAAAAUCCAAGAUGAGCAGCAUCUGGUAAUUGAAGUUCGCAACAAAGAUAUGAGUUGGCCUGAGGAAAUGUCCUUUAUAGCAAACAGUAGUAAAAUAGAUAGACACAAGGUUCCCACAGAAAAAGGAGCCACUGGUCUGAGUAACCUGGGAAACACUUGCUUCAUGAACUCAAGCAUCCAGUGUGUUAGUAACACACAGCCACUGACACAGUAUUUUAUCUCAGGGAGACAUCUUUAUGAACUCAACAGGACAAAUCCCAUUGGUAUGAAGGGGCAUAUGGCCAAAUGCUAUGGGGAUUUAGUACAGGAACUUUGGAGUGGAACUCAGAAGAAUGUUGCCCCAUUAAAGCUUCGGUGGACCAUAGCAAAAUAUGCUCCCAGGUUUAACGGGUUCCAGCAACAAGACUCCCAAGAACUUCUGGCUUUUCUCUUGGAUGGUCUUCAUGAGGAUCUCAACCGAGUCCAUGAGAAGCCAUAUGUGGAACUGAAGGACAGCGAUGGCCGACCAGACUGGGAAGUAGCUGCAGAGGCCUGGGACAACCAUCUGAGAAGGAAUAGAUCAAUUGUUGUGGAUUUGUUCCACGGGCAGCUGAGAUCCCAAGUCAGAUGCAAGACAUGUGGGCAUAUAAGUGUCCGAUUUGACCCUUUCAAUUUUUUGUCUUUACCACUACCAAUGGACAGUUAUAUGCACUUAGAAAUAACAGUUAUUAAGCUGGAUGGUACUACCCCUGUACGAUAUGGACUACGACUGAAUAUGGAUGAAAAGUACACGGGAUUAAAAAAACAGCUGAGCGAUCUCUGUGGGCUUAAAUCAGAACAAAUCCUUCUUGCAGAAGUACAUGGUUCCAACAUAAAGAAUUUCCCUCAGGACAACCAAAAAGUACGACUUUCAGUAAGUGGAUUUUUGUGUGCAUUUGAAAUCCCCAUUCCUGGAUCUCCAAUUUCAGCUUCUAGUCCAAUACAGACAGAUUUCUCCUCUUCCCCAUCUACAAAUGGAAUGUUCACUCUAUCCACCAAUGGGGACUUGCCCCGACCAAUAUUCAUACCCAAUGGAAUGCCAAACACUGUUGUGCCAUGUGGAACUGAGAAAAACUUCACAAAUGGAAUGGUGAAUGGUCAUAUGCCAUCUCUUCCUGACAAUUCCUUUACAGGCUACAUCAUUGCAGUCCACCGAAAAAUGGUUAGUUUAAUGUUAUAAGCAAGUUACUUCCGGUCUUGCCAGUGUCAUUU